UUCUGCAUCUUGAAAGCUAAACCUCAAAGCCAUUCCUUGCUUCUUCAUUUCGGUAAACAGAUUCUCCUACAAUCCCUGUAUAUCUAUGUAUAAAAUAACCCUUUACCUCCAUAUAUAACUCAAACAAUACCAACUUAACCAAGCUACAUAUUUAACCACCAUGCUGAGCAAUUCAACCCCGGCGGACUUCCACAGUGCAACCGCAGGGCAGUGGUUAUGGUCAACAAGUUCCGCCUUUAAAGCAAUAAAAGAUGAGGUUAUCUUUCUACGGGAGGAAGUAACUGAAUCAGCGGCGCUUUUGAUCGGAAUGACAAUAGUAUGGUUUUUUGUUGAGGUUAUGGAGUACAGUUUCUUUUCUCUUCUCUGUCACAUAUCCAUGAUCGUAAUUCUUGUAACUUACACAAGGAUUUGGCUUAUUACAACUUUCUACUGGGAUCCUCUCAGAAUUCUCAAAUUCGCUUACUCCGAAGCCAGAUUUAGAGAAGUAGUUGUUCACAUUUUCAGCUCAAGAAUUGAUAUCAUCUUAUUUCAAUUUCUCAGAAUUGCAUAUGGGCAAAAUGCAGCACUCUUGAUUCUGGCAAACAUUUCUCUCUACAUAUUGUCCAUAAUUGGAACCUAUUUCAGCUCGUUUAGUCUCCUUUGUCUAGGUUUUCUCUGCAUAGAAACAUUGCAUUUUCUGGAGGAGCGAUACUGGAAACAACAACCUCGACCUAGAGAGUACGUAGAGAGCAAGGAAUAAUUUAUAUUAAUUGCAUUUGUGUGAUUUGUAAACCUAAUUUACGUACAUUUCCUUGAUUAUGCAUGUGUAUUAUAAAUAAUCAAUGCGUAUUUAAGAUUAUAUUCAUAUAAUUAACAAUUGAUAGA